CCUCGUCACCGCUACCACCACUACUACUACUCUCGAAACAUUAAAACAUAAGGAAAGUGAACAGGAUGUCCGUUAUUUCUACCCCUAUUACGGAGAUGUUUGGGAUUAAGCAUCCUAUACUCCUUGCUGGUAUGAACGUCGCUGCUGGACCCGAGCUGGCCGCUGCGGUCACAAAUGCAGGAGGUCUGGGAGUUAUUGGAGGACAUGGAUAUACGCCAAAGGUCCUCCGGGCACAGAUUCAAGCCAUCAAGAAGGAUUUGAAAGAUAAGAACGCACCGUUCGGUGUCGAUUUGCUCAUCCCCCAGGUCGGCGGAAACGCUCGCAAGACGAACUACGACUAUAACAAGGGCAACCUCGGGACACUGAUCGACAUUAUUAUUGACGAGAAGGCGGCUCUGUUUGUUUGUGCGGUCGGAGUGCCACCGGAGGAAGAGGUCGAGAAGCUGCACAAGGCAGGCAUUCCCGUCAUGAACAUGGUUGGCCACCCGAAGCACGUAGCGAAAGCUCUAGCGGCUGGUUGUGAUAUUAUCUGCGCUCAGGCUGGCGAGGGUGGUGGACACACUGGUGACAUCUCGGCCUCAAUCCUCAUCCCCGCCUGCGUCGACGCCGUCAAGGGCCACACCUCCCCCCUCACCGGUGGGCCCGUCUACGUCGUCGGCGCCGGCGCAGUCUACGACGGCCGCGGACUCGCGGCCAAUCUCAUGUAUGGCGCGCAGGCCGUCUGGGUCGGUACAAGGUUCGUGGCUUCGACGGAGGCGGGUGCGAGCCCGGCACAUAAGAAGGCGGUGUUGAGCGCGGGGCAUGGGGAUGUGUUGAGGACGGUGAUUUAUACGGGGAGGCCGUUGAGGGUUAGGAAGACGCCUUAUGUUGAGGAUUGGGAGCUGAACCGACAGGCGGAGAUCGCGGAGCUCACGGCGAAGGGUAUCAUCCCUAACGAACACGAGCUCAAGGAACAUCCAGAGAAGUAUCCAAAGGCGAUCGCUUUCCUCAUGGGUAACGUCGCCGCUGUCAUCAACGAUGUGCUGCCUGCUCAGCAGAUCGUGGAUAAUAUGGUUGCGGAGGCGAAGCAGCAGCUGGAGAGGGGGCAUUCGCUCCUCGGCGCGAAGGCGAAGCUUUAGGCUCGUCUGGGUUGACCAGGGUGUUGUGUACGGUUUGAUGUGCGGGGUUGUUGUAUGAGAUCCUACUUUUUAUUUGCGGAACAUUGACUAUCAUUGUACUCACGCGCCAGUCCGCGGGAAGACGACGAAAGUGGUCAUAGGAAUG